UUGUGAAAUUUGAAAAUGAUUCCUCUUUUGCAGGCUGAAAUUACCAAGACAUUGGCUGGAGAGGUCUAUCUGUUAUAUGAAAUAGAACAUUCCAACAUUAUCAGGGAACAAGUUGGUGAUGUGGAAUUAGAUGAUGUCUGGUUUGCUUAUCCAUCUCGUCCAAACCAUAUGGUUCUCCACGGAACAACAUUGAAACUGCAGCCUGGCUCAAAAGUUGCUCUUGUUGGCCCGAGCGGUGGAGGAAAAACCACAAUAGCAAACUUGAUUGAAAGGUUCUAUGAACCAAUCAAGGGAAAGGUUCUCUUAAAUGGAGUUCCACUAGUAGAAAUAUCACACCAACAUCUACACAGGAAGAAAAUGGCCAAUGCACAUGAUUUCAUAUCAAAAUUCCCAGAUAAAUAUCAAACUUUCAUAGGAGAACGUGGGCUAAGACUUUCAGGUGGUCAGAAACAAAGAGUAGCAGUUGCUAGAGCCGUACUGAUGAACCCAAGGAUCCUCCUCCUUGAUGAAGCUACUAGUGCUUUGGAUGCUGAAAGUGAAUAUCUAGUGCAGAUCAGUUUGCAUGACAACAUAAACAGUCUUCGUUUUAGUUUCUUAGAUUUUUUUUUCCCCCAAAAACUUGAUACCAUUUAUUCCUCACAUUGGUUUUUUACGAGUUCUCAUGGUGGAAAUUUUGUAGGAUGCCAUGGAUUCUCUAAUGAAAUGAAGGACUAUUGUAGUUAUAGCCCACGCUGGCGCAUGACAUUUGAAAUGGAGAACUACAAAAUUAAAAUGGAUGAUUGUUUGCUAGGAGAAGCCUAUGGAAUUGUUUAUUCAACUACUGAAGAAGCUACUAAUCAAGGGGUAGCUGUGAAAAUGUUUUUUUUUUUGCAAACUGGAAUUACUAAGAGCUGUGCUUGGUGUUUGAGCUCUUCAGUUUCAAUAUCAGAGAGCUUUUGGGGGCAGGAUCACAGAAAUUCAAAGAUCCAGACAUAGUAAAGGUAAAAAGAUUAUUUAACUUGCAUUGUGUUAUUAAUUGAGAAAAAUUUUAGAUGUUGUAGGAGCUUAUGCGACAGAUUCUCAGUGGUACCUUAUACUGCUAUAGUUUUGAAAUUUUACAUUGUGAUUUGAAAUCAGAAAAUAUGCUCAUCUCUUGAGAAAAGUUGACGCUUAGUGAUUUUAGAUUAGCCUGGGUUUCAUUCACUCUAACAUCACACUUAGCUUCCAAGUGUGAGAAAAUAAUGUUUUUACUUACUGAUCUAAACAUAUUAGUGUUUUUUUGUUAAAAUUUUUCACGCUGUAAGAGUAAGACCUUUAAAAGAUUAGAUAUAUUCUGAUUGAAUGUUCUUGCAAGA